CUGAAAUUUGUACUUAUCCGCGGCUAUUUGGAUCAUCCGUGCAUGUGGGAAUUCAAAGUGUAGUUUGAUGCUAGCGAAAUGUCUGCUAAGGAUAAUCGUGGAUCUUAUUGCGAGAUAUAGUAUCAGCUAGUCUGCUGUUGUCACUUAUUCAGUAUCAGCAUUCUUCUGUUUAAGUGAAGUGUUAAUCGAAUGUGUGGGUGGUUCACUGCGUAACUGGUUUCACUGCUUUGCCCGAAUUCGAAAGUAUGAGAUGUUAUGGGUUGCUGAACCAACUCUACUACUUCACAGCUUGGUCAUGGCAUCAAAUAAUCAAAUCAGUGAUAGUAGAGCUGAUCGCUAUCAUGUUGUGUGUGUACCUUAUUAUACAUUUCGCUGCCAUCUAUGAAUCUGAAGUCUCAGAGACAGUUAAUUUGACUAACCAAGUUCAUAAAUUAUCAAAUUCUUUAGAAAAACAUUUAAAGCUGCAAACACGGCUUCAUUCUGUACUGGAUAAAACACAUGCUGCGCCUGAAGUGGUUAUUAUUCCAAUUUUGGUCAUAGCCUGCAAUCGUCCCACUGUUAAACGUCCCAUAGAUAAGUUGCUGCAAUUGAAGUCUGAAAUGCAGAGGCAAAAUGCUUUCAUAUUCCCCAUUUUCGUUUCUCAUGCCUGUCACAAUCAGGGUACUGAAAUCGCAUUAAAUUCUUAUCAAAAUAUGAUUACUGUCAUAAAACCUAACGUUCCGUUAACUAACCCAACUACAUUACCUGGUCGACGUGUGUUGGAAGGUUACAGGCAUGUAAGCCAUCAUUAUAAAUGGGCCUUGGAUCAAAUAUUUUUAGUGCAUAAUUACUCUGUCGCAAUAAUUGUUGAAGAUGAUCUGGAUUUGGCUCCAGAUUUUCUCAGCUAUUUUGCUGGUACAUUUUCUUUGUUAACUCAAGAUGAAACACUUUUCUGUGUUUCUGCUUUCAAUGACAAUGGGAGACCACAACUGAUUGAUGUUACGCAUCCGGAAUUGUUGUACAGAACCGACUUUUUUCCUGGUUUGGGUUGGAUGUUAUUAAAAAAAUUCUGGUUGGAAAUUAGAGGAGGCUGGCCCGAUAUAUACUGGGAUGAAUAUUUACGUAAUUCGAAUGUACGAAAAGGACGUGCGUGUAUUCGACCAGAAAUCAGUCGUUCUGUCACCUUCGGACGGAUAGGCAUAUCUCAAGGUCAAUAUUUUGAUAGCCAUUUAAAGCAUAUCAAAUUGAAUGAUGUAAAAGUUGAUUUUCAGCAACUGAACUUAUCCUAUUUAAAAGAAGCAACAUAUCGUGAACAGUUCAAGCGAUUAGUCUAUCAAAAUUCAAUAGAGAUGAAUAUCACCUCAUAUUCCAGUAGUCGAGUGCAUAUUUCAAAAAUUUAUAAACCGAUUCGAAUCACCUAUCGAAAUCGUGCAGAAUUCGAAGAGAUAGCAAAACACUUUAAUCUUAUGUCCGACUUUAAAUCUGGUGUCAGCCGUAAUGCCUAUAUGGGAGUGGUGCCUAUCUAUGUGGAAAACCAUCAGUUGUAUAUUUCACCGCCUACGGUAUGGCCAGGGUACAAUGAAUCAUGGGUUUAACAAACUGUAUGCCUAUUUAUGUAAUGUAUUUUAGUCAGGAUAAGAUUACAAACUUUUUCUCUUUCAUUUUUGUUUUGUGUUUUAUUGAAGAGAGAUUUUACAAAAUUGAUUCUUAAUUUCUUUGCCUUUUGGUGUGUGUUUUUCCGUUGUUAAUGUAGUGGGUAUGGAAACUGGGGAUUGUAUUGUUACUAGUUGAUAAACACUUUCUUAUACAUGUUUUGUAGGAAACUGUUAUAUCGUUUAAUUUGUCUUUCAUGUUCUUAUGGUGAUGAUAUUUUCUAGGUUUUAUUAGCUAUUGAGUUGUACUUUAUAUUUUAAUGGGAAAGAAUAAUUUAUCCUUGUUAGUCUUUAUUCUAAGCAGACAAAGCCUUAUGUGAUGUAUAUAUUUGUGCAUUGUACAAAUGGUCAUUUAGUAAAAGACGACCAAUACAGCGUAUAUAUAUGUAAAACGGCUAAGAAUUAUGUGUAUUCAAUAUGGUAAACUUUUGUUUUGCACUUCUACACGAUACUAUUUGUGGAAACUGCUUUAAGUUGUGCAAACAUUACCUUACUUUAUAUUUUUAUUUUGUAUAAAAGAAUUGUUCAAUUGAUAACUGAAUACCAAAUAUGUACUUCUUUAAAUAUCUUCCUAUGUGUAUUGUUUACAGAAUAAACUUAUUAUUACUUGUAUGCAUAUGUUAAGUUGCAAAAAAACUACAGAAUUAAAAUACUUUUGCAGGUUGAUUUGUUUUCUAAGCUAAAGUUUGGAUUGGCAGAAUUUUUCAGAGUUCAGACAGAUCAGCGUAGAACCUCACACACGACUGCAUCGGUUCAAGCUGCCACACUUCACAGUAGUAUACGAAGAACAGGUGGAUAGGAUAAGAAUGAUACGAAAGUGGAAGAAGUUGUGUUAGAGGAUAAACAAUUUGAAGAUAAAAGUUAGUGCAAAUAUUCAAGCAUUAGAUGUCAAGAAGUGUAUACAUCUCCCUCACUGUGACUGAUUUCCAGACAUGUCCCCAAGAACCAGUCCUCAUCCAUUGAUUACUUUCGUUUCGGGAAGCCCAGCCAGGAAGUCUAUAUCUCCCCACACGACUCUUACCAACAGUCAGAGGCUUCAUCAACUAGUUCCCCGUCUUGAUCUGGUCAGUACUAAUGCACACUUAACAACAACCUGUUCAGCGACUGUCAUAUCCACCGGGGCAAAUAUCACUUCUGUGCUAGGUAUGACGUAUUCGGGUUUUAAAUGACUUACUGCAAUUUUGAAGUUCAUUCCUUCUUCGAGUACUUGUGUUCCUUCUAAGCCUAAUUAUCUUCACAAGCGAUUGAUCACCCACUCUGCCUUACAAGAAAUUGUGUUACCUCAUUCUUCUCAGUGAGCUGUUUUUUUCAAUUUUUUGUUCGACAUUCUCUUGGAUCCUUCUAGAGAGCAGUUAAUUUUGCUCUGUCGUUUCCGUUGUAAGUUAAUAAAUUCUGUUGUUUAUUACCUUCAUAAGUUUACGAAUGAGUUGUCCAACCUUAUUCCAAUUGAUACUUAACUUUGUAACGAUUGUACCAAUUUUUUCUUUUAAACAGAGUUUGCUAAUAUGUUA